UUUCGGCAGGAGAUCAUAGUCUUGAAAGCUGAGAGAGGAGGGGCAUGUUGCUCUCUCUCUCUCUCCCUCUAGCCCAAGUGAAAGUGGACAGACAGACUCGAAGGAGGUGUGUGUAGACUACCGCCUGACAGAGCAGGGAAAGGAGGGUGAUGGUUCCUGCGGCAAACGAGUGGGAGCCAGAGCAAACACCCUGAAGAACCAGGUACUGACUAUCUUACUGUCAGUGUUCGCUUCGGAAAAAAAAGGUGCAAACUUGGGGAGUAGCCUCGAACUGUGCGUCUGUGACCAGCCCCCACUAUCGCCAGGGGUCAAUUGAGAGGUACAGCCCCCCCGUGUUCGACCACUUCCCUUGAGAGGUCACUUAGGCUGACUUAAGAAACCAUUUCAAUCCUUACCCCCUGCCCAAUUCCACACCCCUCCCCACCACCAGCUGUUCCUCCUCUCCCUUCACUCUGAUAUUUGUACUGGGAUAGUCUCAAGCUUUCCGGGAAUUGCUGCCGUUGGAAUCGGCUUUGGAAAGAAGAAGCAGAAGAAGCCGCACGAUGUUGGGGAUGAACAGUGCUCGCCGUUCAGCUUCGGGAUGCGGAUUCUCCUUCAGCCUCCACUGGGGGCUCACUACGUUUCUCCUUCAAGUCCUGCUCCUGUCUGCCCUUGGGGAAAGACUGACCGGUGCGUGGAGACCUUCCCAAGCCCGGCUCCGGCUCACCUUCUCAGAGUUGAUGUUAAACAAACGGAUCAUCCCACUCAGCUUCAGAGCUUCCAACUUGCACUCUAUAAUCCUCGAUGAAGACAACCGAAGACUCUAUGCAGCUGCGAAGGACUACCUCCUGACCUGCAAUCUGGACGACAUCUCGAGUGGAGUGAGGAAGUUAUACUGGCCGGCCACCCCUGAGAGAAUAGCUGAAUGUAAAAUGGCUGGGAAGGACCCUGAUCUGGACUGUGGCAACUUUCUGAGGGUCCUCCACUUCUACAACCAAACUCACCUAUACGUUUGUGGCACUGGAGCCUUCCACCCACGCUGUGCAUACAUUGCCACAUCAAUGUUCAACAGGAAUGAACAACUAGUGCUUCAUCAUGAACAGACUGAGUGUGGAAAAGGGAAGUGUCCUUAUGACCCUCGACAGCGGGUGGCCUCAGCAAUGAUUGAGGGCGAGCUGUACGCUGGAAUUUCCUCUGACUUCAUGAGCCGGGAUGUGGCAUUCUUCCGUAGCCUGGGACAUCGGCGUGUGAUCCGCACUGAGCAAUAUGACUCGACGUGGCUGCAAGACCCUAGGUUUGUGAAGGUCCAUGCCAUCGCGGAGAGCAACAAUGCAGAGGAUGACAAAGUGUACUUAUUUUUCACUGAGCGUGCUCAGGAAGUGGACAAUGGCAACGGGAAGGUCAUUUACUCGAGACUGGCUCGAGUUUGUAAGAACGACAUUGGUGGUCAACGCAGUCUGGUCAACAAGUGGAGUACCUUCCUGAAGGCUCGACUUGUGUGUUCUGUUCCAGGCUCUGAGGGAAUUCAAACCCAUUUCAACGAACUGCAGGAUGUCUUCGUGCUAAAUGGGAAAGACAAAAAAAAUCCACUGAUAUAUGGAGUUUUCACAACAUCCAGCAAUAUUCUGAAUGGGUCGGCAGUCUGUGUGUACAAGAUGGCAGACAUUAUCAUGGCCUUCAAAGGAGAAUUUGCUCACAAAGAGGGCCCUGACUACAAGUGGGUGACAUAUCCAGGACGUGUCCCCUUCCCUCGCCCUGGAACAUGUCCCAGCAGCACCUAUGGGAGCUUUAAGUCAACUCGUGAAUAUCCAGAUGAAGCAAUCUUCUUCAUUCGGACUCAUCCACUCAUGCAUGACUCUAUCUACCCUGUGAGCGAGCGGCCGGUGCUAAUGCAAGUUGGUGUGGACUACAAAUUUACCCGGAUUGCCGUGGAUCGGGUUGAGGCUGUAGAUGGACAGUAUGACGUGAUGUUUAUUGGAACAGAUACUGGGGUGGUCCUGAAAUCAAUCUAUGCUUCCAAAGCAAACCAGGAGGUGGAAGAGAUCAUUUUAGAGGAGAUGGAAGUAUUCCCGGACAAAUCACCCAUCACUUCACUGAACCUGUCAAGAAAGCGGCAGUGGUUGUACUUGGGCUCGAAGAGUGGCUUGGCCCAGGUCUCCUUGUACCAGUGUGAUUUGUAUGGUAAGGGCUGUGCAGAAUGCUGCUUAGCAAGGGACCCUUACUGCACGUGGAACGGAAGCUCUUGCAGCACCUACCUACCGAGCAGUCGCAGAAGACACACUCGACAGGUCACUCUGAAUGGAGAUCCUUUGACCCAGUGCUUCAACCAGGGAGGGGCCAUGCAUACCUGGACUGAGGAGAAGGUGAUGUUUGUGGUGGAGGGGAACAGCACAUACCUGGAAUGCAUUCCCAAAUCACGGCUUGCCACUGUUAGCUGGUUGGUGGAGCCAGAUGACCUGAAUGGGCAGUUGCAAGAGGUUACCUUUGGAGACCAGAUCAUUCCAAUCGAGCAAGGGCUGCUGAUUCGCCAGACAGAUCGCCAGGACGCUGGCACCUACCAUUGCCAAAUUGAGGACCAUGGUUUUCGCUGGACCCUGCUGAAGCUGCAACUGCAUGUCAUCCCGGCUGGCCAGAUGGUGAACCUGCAUGAAAGCGUUGAGCAAUUAGCUGGUCCCGUGAAGGACCACACCCUUCUGGGCCCUGGCCAUAGCCCUCAGCCUUGGUACAAGAACAUCAUGACCCUCAUCAAUUAUCCUUCCAAGAUGGACUUCUACUGCGAGCAGGUCUGGCAGAAAGACUACAAGAAGAAAAGGAACAAGCUGCGGCUGAGCAAGAAUCACCGUAGUGUGGAGCCCAGCCGGAGAAACAAGCCGGCGACAAGGAGCAGACGGAACAAAAACAAGCCACAUGCCAAAUUUCUACGGUCACCCCGCAGUACCUAGCACUACCCAGAUUCACCACAGCAGAGACACUCAUCCAAAAAAAAGCAACAGAAGGCUCCAAAACUCUAGAUCUUUCCAAAAUCUUUUGAACUCCAGUAAAUGAAAGGCUUCGCAUGCAAUACAAUCUUUGAACUGACAGAACAGUUGCCUUGUUUUGGCUGAGGGUAGUUAUAUAGUUGUCCAACUCAUCUCUCUUUCCCUGUUGAGGACGGAUUUCCAGUUAGUCCAUAGCUGACACAGAAGGGAGUUGAGGAAAGCUUGUGGUUUUCAGCUAUGUGUAUUUUCUGAUAACGAUAGGUUUAUGUAGGGUCUUGACAUGAGCUGUUCGGCUGCUUAUGAGCCUAAGGGUUGAAAGAGUUGGCUAACAGUGAAGAAUAUCACAAAAAACACCCCUAGAGAGAGAACAGGUUUAAACCAGAGCCCUGGGCAUUUAGCUGCCAUUAAAUUGGACAAGUGGCUGUUCAAAUGGAAAAAUAGAAAAUGCUAUAAUCAUUUCAACCACUAUUUAGAAAAUCCCUACAAGAUAAUGAACCUCUGCAGACACUACGCUAUUUUAGUAAAAGAUUGAAAAAUUCCACAUGGUAUUAAUGUUUUCCCAAUGAUUCACAGAACAGCCCCACCAAAGCUCCCUGGAAGAUGAGAGGGAGGGGUGAUGGCAUAGUGGCCAUGCCAUUGGACCAGUAAUCCAGAUGCCAAGGCUAAUGCUGUGAGAGAGUGGAUUCAGAUCCCGACAUGGCACCGGGUAGGAUUUAUAAUCAAUUCAUAAAAUCUGGAAUUGAAAGCUGGUGUCAGUAAUGUUGCUCAUGAAACUAUCAGCGAUAAUGCAAAAAAAGGUCCAGAGGUAUGCAGGUUAGGUGGAUUAGCCAUGGGAAAUGUAGGGAUAGAGUAGAAGGGUGAAUCUGGGUGGGAUGCUGUUUGGAAGGUUAGUGUAUACACAAUGGGCUGAAUGGUUUCCUUCUAAAACUCAUUUGUUUCAUGAAUAUGACUCUAUAGGGAAGAAAAUUCAUCAUCCUUUCCAAGUCUACCCUACAUGUGACUCCAGAACAACCGGGAUGUAAUUGACUCUGAACCAUCUUCUGAUUGGCCUAGCAAGGGCAAUUGGGGAUGUGGAACAUAUACUGGGGCACAUUCUGGGAUAGAAUACAGAGAUAUCUGUAUUGAAUCUUUGGAUGCCUCAAACAUGCUGAUGUUGGGAAACAUUAUUAGAAAUGCUGGCUGGGGUCAAAUCGGGUUCACCAGAGUUCGUAAUCGUUUCCCAGUAAGUCUUGCUCAUAAUGCAUUCAGCAACAUCGAGGUCAGGAUCAGCAAUUCCUUCCCCACCAGUGUUCAUUAUCAAUUCUCACCGUGAAGGCUGGUUACUCAAGCAAUAAAAUUUUACUGGAAUUUGCUGUCAAUCUUGGACAAAGAGCCAACACCUCCUGAGGCUGCUAGCUCAUUCGAGGCACCUCCUAUGACACCUGAAUGGUGGUCAAAAUCUGAGACUCCCAGCUCCAGUGAAGGGCUGCAGGGUGAAAUGCCACGAUUAAGCAUGCCCAUCAUAACUCCUGCUGAGGAAUCUUCUCCCUCCAUCCUGAUGACCAUAAUUGAGCCCUAUUCAUCUGAUGACUGCUGUGCAGAUGACCAUUGUUCCCUCCGUGCUCAGACACACUUCUGACUGCCUGCCUCAACCAGUGUCCAUGUCUCGCAGUGUGGCUAUUGUGGGAUCAAUCGGUGGCCCAGCAGCCUUGGGGGGCCCAUCCCUUGAGCUCAAUAAGAUGGUGAAGUCAAAGGUAGCUCAUUAGUUGCCUGGCUCCCAGGGUGCUGUAAACUGACAAUAUGUGCAGAUCUCGUAUAGCUUCAUACUGGGAUCCAGAUGCGUGCUGGAAAAUCCAGCCCCUAAUUUCUGCAAAUCGAGAUAAAAGCUGGCGUCCUGCAACUGAUCCUUGAGUUCACUUGGAACGCAUUCAAUUCCAAGCUAAAUAUUACAGAUGACCUUCCCCUUCUUUAAUCCUGUUUAUUGAACCUCUUAAAUUAUUGUUUAAACUCUUCAGAGUUUCACAAUUAAAUCAAAAUCAGUCAGUUUGGAUUGUUUACAGGGUAUGAUUUUAUUCAGGCUGGAAGAUUUUCUCCCAAUCAGUCCUAUUGGAGAAUCUCUGGGUAUCACGUUAUCUCUGGUUUGACUCCUAUCACUGCCUGUACCAUCCUUGCUUAGUUUUCAGUUUUAACGGGGUGUAUUGAUUGUAACAAGGUCAGCCAGGUCGACCUCAUAGAAUAUGAGUUCGCUGAUUGGACGAGAUUAACAGCCCCAAUCAGGGUGCUGUAGCUGACAGACAUAAAGAGGAGUGUCAGCAGUUCUGUUCACUCUGAGAGCUGGUUCGCUAUCAAGGCAUUGCUACAUGCCAAUGAAGGAUGACUUGGUGAUGGGAUACUGGCCUCUGUGACGUUAUUCCACAAUGCAAAAUUUUAAAAUGCUAUCAUUGAAUCUGAGACUUAGAGGCUUUCCCAAGUCUGGUGACAUUUGAGGCAGACAAAGCAUUGAUUUGUUAGGUGCCACUCUAUAGCUAGCGUCCUGACCUUUGGCUCUCCCACUGUUACUGUCUACCGUGGGAAUGUUGAAUAAUGUACAGAUUUAUAGUCAACCUGUUUUGGACACAUUAUGAAUGUGUCUCCUGUGGCCAACAAGCCCCACAGGAAGACUCAAAUGUGAAGGUUCUGUCUUGGUGUCAGGGUCUCUAUCCACUCCAUCUCAAGACUUUCCCCCUCUACUGAUCACUGAACUCAACAAUUAAAAAUUAUUUUCCAAUUUUUAGUGCAAAAACCAGUCGACUUUCACCUUGAUUUUAUUGCAACAAAAUAAUGACAGAAGCUGCUCAAGCAGGCAGCAAACAUGUCACUGUUUAUUUCCAGAUUACAAUAGCUACGUUGUUUCAGUGGGUCAGAGUAUUGGCCUUUCAAAUGUGGACCUUGAUAUAAGUCUAGCCUAACCUGGUGCAGUAAAGGCUGCAAACUGGUGAUAACUCCAUCAGUUUUGGAUAACCCUAAUCCAUUAACCAGCAAGUAGUAAGGAGACAUUUAUGAGUACCACACAAGAAACUGCACAAAAGUAGUAAUGUCACUCACUCUAGGUGGGAAAUGGACAUUUUGUGGCUGAAAUUUCUGCUUAGGUUAGAUAUACUUUGUGUUUUGACCCUGUUUUACUUGCUAUUGAGCAUCCUUAAAAAUAAAUCACAGGAUUGUCACAUCACAGUAAUAAAUACAUUAACAAAAAUAAUCAUCCUGUGCAAAUCCUUCCAACAUUUCAACACAGGUGACCUGCUCCAAUCAAUUUUUCUUUCCAAUUGGAGAUGCAAGAGGUGUACUCUGGUCACGACAUGUGUUACCUCCAAAUCCAAUAAAAAUGUCAUAGCCUGUGUCUUUUGGAACAUUCUUCUGCAGUAAAAGUGAUGUACAAAUACAGAUUGUUGUUCUGUCCUCAGUAGGAAUGUGAAGUCAUAUAAACAAUCAGUAAUUUUACCAUGCUGAUCACGUUUUCUUGUGUAUGUGUGUAUUUUCUACAAUAACUCUUAGAAUUGAUACCACAUCACGGAUCAAAGCUCUAACAUGCAUUAUUACUACCUGGCAAUGUGACGAGUUGCAAUCUCUUCAAUACCUGGAUUUGGACAGUGUCUUUUGACUAUCCCUAUGAAUUGGAAACCUAUGCCAGAUCAGUGCAAUCAAUGGCAGUGAAGAGGGAUGUAGUCAGGUAUUAGGAAUUGGGAAGGGUGGAAAGAGGUCUUCAUGAAAUUACAGGCUUUGAAGACUCUAUAGGAUGCAUGAAAGCAAAUUGGCCAGAGUUUGGGGUUGAGGCAAUAUUUUCAGGAAGAGUGGCUUGGUUUGAAGCACAGUGGACUUGUUUCUUUAUUCAUUCCAAUAAUAUAGGCACCACUGUCAAUUCCCAACAUUUAGUGCUCAUUCCUAAUUGAGAAGGUGUUGAUGAGUCGCUUUCUUGAAUCACAGCAAUGCUGAGAGGGAGGGUGCUCCAGGAAUUUGACCCAGCCUUAGUGAAGAAACAGCGUUGAAUGUACAAGUGAGGGUUGUGUAUGGCUUGAAAGGGAACACAGAGAUUAUGGAAUUGCCAAAGUGCUGGCUGCCCUUGUCUUUCUAAUUAAUGCAGGUUGUAGGUUUGGGAGCUUUUGCCAAAGAAGCCUUGGUAGUCCAUUAGCAUUUAUUUUUCACUAACUUUCCACCUUUUUCAGAUAACACAGUUUUAAUAUCAGGUUACAAUCACUAAGGAUUUCUAACUUAAUUGAAUUUUUCAAAAAUUUUAUGCAGACCCUGGGCUUUAUAGUUUUUAAAUUCAUGGUUUAGUACACCUAUUAGUUAUACUUAGGUUACAAAAAUGAUAACAUACUCUUCAGAAGGUUAAAUUCGGUCAUAGGUCAGAGGUGAAUAACCCAUACAGUGCGUAGCUCCAGCUUAUUUAUGACUUCAUUUACAAAGUGUAAAUGUAAAGCUAUUUAAGACAGUUGUUACCUGGGCAACAUUUAUGUAGGAAAGUGUGAAAAGCAUUCUCAUUGUCCGACAUAAUGGGAAGAGGUUCUGAAGGUAUUAAAUGCUUUCAACUGUAUUAUUUAAUUUUAUUUUUGUGUUUUAUUUCUGUACAUUUGUUUUUCUCAUUGAGGUAUGUAUAUAUUUAGUUUGUGAAUUGACCAUUUGACCUAUGUUAUUAAUAAUGGCAAUGUCUCCUGCAUCUCAGCUUCGAAAUAAAAUUGAAUCUUCUGA